AUGCCACGCAGUCGAGAGAACAGUGCGACAAGUAGUGGUAUAAAUACUCCACUUUAUUUGACCGCCAGCCGAUCACCUUCAAGCAAUCAACCUAUAAUACAAUACAAUACACCCAGUCGACCGAUUAGUUACCCUUUUCCUUGUAAUCCUGCCUCUCAAUCGUUUUCUCAGGCACUACAGCCAAAUAAUUCUUAUACCAUGGGAACUCAAAACCAAGGAGCUACACCAUACAGCUCUCUCCAUUCACCACUCUACCUCAAACCAGAUUCAAUCCAUUAUCCACACAGUAUCUCCAAUAACUCCACACUUGUUGCCAAUCGAGCUAAUGAGCACUAUCGGUCAUUCGACAUAGAGUCUCCUAAUCUCAGAGCCUCUACAUCCGCUCCAUCCCAGUCUGGAAAUGCUUAUCUUUAUCAUCCUAAAGAUGUGAGAUCCACAGUAUCAACACCAGACGCCGACAAUAUCCAUUCAAAAAUACCUCCACCAGCCUCUCCUCUCCCUGUCUUACCCAAAAACAUCCCAACUUUUCCACUCUCUGAUGCAGAUCAAGCUUUUUUGGAACAAAAUAACAAUGGUGUCGCAGCAACCUUCAAAGUACUUUACGCAGGGGAAGUGACCUACAAGCCCGACAAAGGAAUUCUCUCAAAGACAAAGCGAGAGUAUUUCGUCUUGACCAACAAUUACAUUUUGCGAUACAAGUCCCAACAAAAGGCUCGAGCAGAAGUUGAUUUCUUUGAUACAAAUAUGUCCAAAAAGACCAAACAAACUUUCGAAAAAGAUCAAAUCUUACUAAAAUUGGAGAAUGUCUACGCCACUCAUCCAGUCGUUUCUAACCGUAACUCAUUCCGUGUAGAGCACUUGGACCCUACCACUCGCCAGAGCCUCCAUUUUACUUUCACAGCAGAUAGUCCCAAGGAAGCCGAUCAGUGGAUCAAUACAAUUACCAAAACAGUUCAUAUUCAUCAUCACAUCAUGGAAACAGUAACCCCAACAGAGCGUUUUGGAGUUAUCGACCGAGUCUUGAAACACAAAGAUAUGAUCGACAACGCAGAGAAAAUGACAGUUCACAAGGUUAUAUUCAAGGAGAAGCAUCUCAAACUGUCCAAGGACAACACUGCAAAUGGUGUAAAGGAAAUCUUUAUGGUUGUCCUGUUAGCCAUCGGAAAAUUUAGCAUGUAUGUACUUCCGACUGGAUACACGGAUGAAAAGUAUAUCCAGUCCGUGGAUCGGGAUCGACAUGGUCUAUUGGCUAUCCAAAAGAUCCAUUACGAUGGAAACGGUGACACUGUUAAGCUUUUGCUCCGCCAGACAGACAAGUCUUCUCGCCAACUUGUGUUCGUAUCAACUUUUGCAGAAACCAUUGUGCAAAAACUUCGUCAGGCGAUACACAGUAUUCUUCCCAAUGAGCGGCACUUGACCUACACCAUACAGUCUUCGCCAGAUAUCAAAGAUGUUGCUUUUGUAAAGACAAAGAUCUCAAUUCAAACGAUGAACAAUCAUCAAGAGGACGAAAAUUCACUUCGUUUCGAAAUCAUUCUUCAGGCUUACUGUGCCGCUCUUCAUCUAAACAAGGCCCGCUUUGAGUUUGAAAUCGAUGGUCCUCUUGGAUCCAAGCGUUUCCUGCUCCUUCCUCCAAACGAAGUCAAAGAGUCUCCGCAGAUUUACGAAAAGUAUGAACUUUUGGCAGUAUUUCGUGCCUUGAGACACUGUACUUUUUUCCGAGAAAUUGAUCUAUCUCAUCAACCCUUGCAUCUGCUCGAGCAAUGGGCCUUGAAGAAGGAAGACGGCUGGGCCAAUAUACCUUACGAUAUGCCAGAUAUUAACAACAUGCUAUCAAGUGAAUUGUUUUCUAUCAUAGCCACCACAAAAACUUUGCGCAAACUCAGUCUGACAGACUGCGGAAUCGGCUUGACACAGUCGUCGACAUCAUCACUAUCUGUUAUCGGAAUUGCUAUGUGCAGUGGGCAGAUUGGAUUGAACCAGAUAUGCAUUGGAGAAAACAAAAUGUCACCAGAGGAUGUCCACACCCUCGUGGCUGGUAUUCGUAGCAAUAAGAAAUCAAUUCGUGAACUCGAUGUGCAUUCGACUGGACUGAGCCAAAAGGAUGUUGAGAUACUCAUCAAGACUUUAAUAACCACAAACCCCAGCCAUCUUCAGUCACUUGACAUCUCAUCCAACAAUAUAACACUUCACCCCGUAAUGCUUGAAUCUAUCCUAAAAUGUUUCAAUAGACUUCUCAUCCUGCGUAUCAGAAAAUGCAAUCUCCAACUCAAGAGCAAUAUGUUUGAUGCCUGCAAACUUCGAGAAUUGGAUAUCGGGGGCAAUAGGUUGAAUGACGCUAACAUUGGCAUGUUGAUCCAAUGGAUACACACACCUUCAUUUUCUUCAAUCCAAGCACUUCAUCUGGAUGAUUGUGCUCUGCAUGGUCAGCAUGCCUACAACAUACUGACUGCCAUCAGCCAAAGCAGAAACCAACGCAUGCAUCUCAGUAUCGGCAACAAUCCUAUUAUGAAGGAGGUCAUGUACUUGCCAAAGCUAUUCCACACCCUUAUGCAUGGCGAGGGUCCUUUCUCGCUCUCGUUAGCCAGGACUAAGUGGGAAGACAACACACUGCGCGAGCUUAUGGAUUGUAUGCGUUACAACCCGACCUUGGUUUUCCUUGACAUCUCUGAUAUUUCUGUUGUCAAUUCAACCAUAUCUGCUGACACAAUUCGCAUGAUGUCCUUAUUCUUUGAGCGCAACACGGUGAUGAAAGAACUGAAUAUCAAAAUGACGGAGGAGAAUAGUGGUGUAAAAACCAGUCUGGCCUUGGCAAUCAUGGAGGGUCUUGAAGGGUUGAAACGGAACACAACCAUGGAGCGACUUGAUGUCACCGGGCUUGGAUGGGGAGAUGCUGGUACAAUAGCCCUUUCCAAUGUACUGGAAGCAAAUCACACUCUGAGUCAUAUUGCAAAUGACAAUACAAAGACCACGAUAUCUGGUUUCCGUGCACUGACCAAUGCGAUUCAACAAAACCCUAAUGUUAUUCAGCUUCAAAAGCCGUGUAUGGAUUUACGAUUCCAGCUCAAGUCUCUCAAGGAAACUAUCACUGGAUAUAUCCAUAGUGAGAAUGAAACACUCUGGUUUAUUGUUCACUCUACUGGAAGCGACGCUCGAAACGUAAAGGCCCAGCUGCAGACACAGAUCCAAGCCCGCCAGGUUGCAGAGUUUAAUUAUAAAAGGAUCAAUGAUGUUGUGGAAGGCCUAAUUGGGGCGGCGGAGAAGAACAUGCGAGCAUACAAGAUCAAGUUGAAGCGUGAUCAAGCCACUCAGGUCCAAAUACAGCUUUCGGCCCAAGAGUUUUCCAUGGCUCAGCUAAAGCUCCAGGAACGUGGCACACGUGUACCUAAUGGCAGUUCAAUUAGCCCAAUUAGCCCAGCCAGUCCAACCAGAGUUACCAGAAUCCCAAGUAUUGCGAGCAAAAGUGAUGAAAGUAGCAGUGUUGGUAGUGUCAAUAGUAUUCCUUACCGCUGUCGUCAACUGAGCAGCAACAGCGUUCGAUUUGUGCCUCUGCCUUCUUCCAACUCAAUACCCCCAACUAGUACUCCAGUGGAAUCUCCUACUCAGGGCUUUCGAAUAUCGGAUGACAUCCCACAGCCUAAUUUCUCUUAUCUAAAUGAUUUUGAAAGCUGGACUCAAGACCCUCCCGAAACACCAAUAUCGUCUCCUACUUCGUCGUCGUAUUAUUACAUCGACAAGCCGCACGUGUACCCACACCAUCAACCCAGUGACCCUGCCUACAGCAUGAGGAGUGUAAAUAGUGGUUACGACACAUCUUGGUACACGAACACUGGGCAGGAUACAUAUGGAGAAUCUGCGUGCUUACCCCAGCAACUGCAAUUCGGAGGAAUGAUAGACGAUCCAGGCUUCACAGAUGAUUUUGGUAUUGGUGGUGAAUUGGGUGAGGGUGGAAUAAGAUUGUAUGACAAUGAAUCAGAAACAGAUCGCAAUUCGUUUUGGGAAGAACAGCAUGCUAUAGCCCGUAUAUGUGCAAACGUAUACGCGACUUCUAAUGAAAAAGAUCAUUAA